CGGAUGUUUUCUUAUAACGUCAUAGAAAAACCACUAGAGCUCAGAAACCCACCAAAACCAGAGAGACACGAUGAAUUGAAGGGCAGUGAGCACAUCACCACCCUCACUCUCACUCUCACACUCAACCCCCUUCAACGCCUUCUCUCAAUUCACACAACAAAUUACCCUUUUCAGUUUUCUUCUUUCAUUCUCUCCCUCUCUGCUAAACACCGUCAUGUCUCAGAACAAGAAUGUUUCUUUGGAGCGAAGUGCUCCACAACAACCUCGUCCUUCCAAUGUAUACGUGGGAGUUGGAGGUUCAGACAGCCUCUGCAUAAGCCCCAAGCGAGAUCACAAGUCUGAAAACUACGAGGACCUUCAAUUAGAGUUCAACCCUCUUGUGUUUAGCUCUUUGGAGCAGUAUUUGCCUCCCCACAUGCUCAACCUCACACGCGAGGUUAAGGUUCAGUACAUGAGGAACAUUUUGCUUCGAUAUUUGCCCGAGAGUGAGCGCAUUCGGAUUCAAAAGCACAAGGAAUACAGGCAAAAGAUCAUGUUGAACUAUCCACCUCUGCACAGGGAGAUAUAUAGUAUGGAUGCUGAGAAAUUUUUCACACCAUCAUUUCUCAGAGCAAUUAAAGAAAAUACAGAAGAGAGUUUUAGAAGUAUAAUGGCAGAACCGUGUAAAGGAAUUUAUACUUUUGAAAUGCUUCAACCACGAUUCUGUGAAAUGCUAGUAUCUGAGGUGGAUCAUUUUGAAAGAUGGGUCCAUGCUACCAAGUUCAGAAUCAUGCGACCUAAUAUAAUGAAUCAAUAUGGUGCCGUACUUGAUGAUUUUGGCUUGGAAGCCAUGCUUGACAGAUUGAUGAGUGAUUUCAUACGUCCUAUGUCCCGAGUUUUCUACUCUGAAAUUGGUGGAUCCUCACUGGACUCUCAUCAUGGGUUUGUUGUUGAAUAUGGAAUCAAUAGGGAUGUGGAACUUGGCUUCCAUGUCGACGAUUCAGAAGUCUCCUUAAAUAUUUGCUUGGGGGACAAAUUUUCUGGUGGAGAACUGUUCUUCCGGGGUGUUCGAUGUGAUGAACAUGUAAAUUCAGAUAUCCAACCAGUGGAGAACUUCGAUUACUACCAUGUUCCAGGACAUGCAAUUCUUCAUCCAGGUCGUCAUCGGCAUGGUGCUAGACCUACAACAUCUGGGAAUCGGAUAAACUUAAUUCUCUGGUGUAGAAGUUCGGCUUUUAGAGAGUUGAAGAAAUAUCGGAGAGAUUUCUCUAGCUGGUGUGAAGAAUGCAAACGAAAGAAGAAGGAGAAAGAGCGCUUGCUAGUUAUGGCCACCCAACAGGAAUUAAUGAAGAGGGAAAUGCAAUCGGCCUCGUGAAGUUGCACAUGCAAAUCAUAUUGUAUAGUUGAUUCUCACCUCUGAGCUUCUUUACUGUCUCUAAGUUAUGGAUUAUCUGUAACGAAAUGAAAUGUACUUCAUGUUGAAAGUAAUAGGCAUCCAUUUCAUAGGGUUACAUGAACCAAAGAGGAAAAUAGUUAUAGUUUAAUAGGAGAGAGGUUCAUUUCAAGAGCUCACUGUUUCUUAUAAAAGGAGCCCAAUUUAUACAAUGAAAUUUCCGAGAGUGAAACUUUUUCCAA